CUCUGUUUUCCCAUAAAUAGAACUUCCCUUGGGCUGCAAGGACUAUAUAAUGUGGAUGGAAUAGUACAACUGCCUAUUGCUGGGGGCUGCUGCAGUCACAGGUCUUUGAAAUGGAUCCAGGUCCGAUGGAUACGCACAGCCCCGGGUAUCUGGUGGCACGAUCUGUCUACUCUGAUCCAGUUUUCCAAGAAGAAAAUGAAAAGAAGGAAAUUGUUAAGAAGACCAUACAAGAACGGUUUCAAAAGAAUUGCAGCUGUACAUCUAGAAGGGCUCUUUUGAUUGUCAAGUCAUUUUUCCCAGUCCUGGACUGGCUGCCAAAAUACAGAUGGAAAGAAUGGAUUGUAAAUGACAUAAUUUCUGGAGUCAGCACAGGUCUUGUUGGCACAUUGCAAGGCUUGGCCUUCGCAUUACUCGCUGCUGUUCCUGUCGGAUAUGGUCUCUACUCUUCUUUCUUCCCCAUUCUCACAUACUUUAUCUUGGGAACAUCUAAGCAUAUCUCGGUUGGACCCUUUCCUGUAACCAGCUUGAUGGUGGGAACAGUUGUUCUUAGUAUGGUUCCUGAUGCAAAAUUUGUCAUGCAAAGUAACACAACUGGAUUGAACUCAACUAUAAUAAACACGGCAGCCAGAGACGCAGCCAGAAUUAUGGUUUCAGGGACUCUGAGUUUCCUGAUUGGAAUCAUUCAGCUUGUGUUUGGAAUCUUUCAGAUUGGCUUCAUUGUCAGGUACCUGGCUGACCCUUUGGUGGGUGGAUUCACCACAGCAGCAGCUUUUCAAGUGUUUGUCACCCAAGUCAAACAAAUGCUCAAUGUACCAACCAACAACUACAAUGGAGUACUCUCUAUAAUAUAUACAAUUAGGGAUAUAUUUUUAAAUAUUUCAAAAACAAAUAUCGCUGAUCUGAUUGCCGGGCUCCUGACUCUUGUUGUGUGUGUGGGGGUUAAAGAAAUAAAUGAUCGCUACAAACACAUACUUCGAGUACCUAUCCCUAUAGAAGUCUUGGUGACCAUAGUGGCUACGGGAAUUUCAUAUGGAGCUAACCUGGCACUGAAAUACAAUGCAGGCAUUAUAAGAACAAUUCCUAGUGGUUUUAUCCCCCCCAUGACUCCAGAUGUAAGCAUGUUUUCUGACUUGUUCAGCUCAGCAUUUUCCAUUGGAAUAGUGGCCUAUGCUGUGGCUGUAUCUGUGGGGAAGGUGUAUGCCACCAAACACAGUUAUUCAAUCAAUGGCAAUCAGGAGUUCAUUGCAUUUGGCAUCAGUAACAUGUUCGGUGGGGCUUUCUCUUGCUUUGUUGCCACUACUGCCUUGUCACGUACAGCUGUCCAAGAAAGUACAGGUGGAAGAACACAGAUUGCUGGUAUAAUUUCAGCUGGCAUUGUGCUGAUCGCAAUAGUUGCACUGGGCAGACUCCUCGAACCUUUGCAGAAGUCAGUACUGGCCGCUAUUGUUAUUGCAAAUCUUAAGGGAAUGUUCUGGCAAGUGUUUGAUGUUCCACCAUUAUGGAGACAGAAUAAAUGGGACGCAGUCAUUUGGGUAUUCGCCUGCAUUGCUUCCAUCAUAUUAGGACUUGAUCUAGGACUGUUGGCUGCAGUCAUUUUUGGACUACUGACCAUAGUCCUUCGUGUUCAGUUCCCAUCUUGUGGUGCUCUUGGAAAUGUCCCUGGAACAGACUUAUACAAGGAGGUCAAAAAAUACAAGACUGUCGUGGAACCAGAAGGAAUUAAAAUAGUUCGAUUUUCUAGUUCUCUUUUCUAUGGAAAUAUUGAUGGUCUUAGAAAUUGCAUCAAUAAAAUUGUUGGAUUUGAUGUUGUCAGAGUUUUUACCAAAAGGACCAAAGCACUGCGGAAAAUUUCCAGACUUAUCAAGAAAGGACAACUAAGGACUACAAAGAAUGGUAUUAUCAGUGAUGCCGGUACUGACAAUGAAGCAUUUGAGCCUGAAGAUGAGAUGGAAGACCCUGAAGCAGAACAGAAUGAAGAAGUUCAAGUGAAAGAAGUCGAGGUCCGAGUGGACUGGAGUUCAGAGCUACCUGUGAAAGUCAAUGUCCCAAAAGUCUCUAUACACAGCCUUAUUUUUGACUUUGGCCAAAUUUCUUUUCUUGAUGUAGUAGCAGUACGAUCUAUGAAACUGAUAUACAAAGAAUUCAAGAGAAUUGAUGUAGAUGUCUAUAUUGCAGCAUGUGAUGAUCAUGUUUACAAAAAAAUGCAAGAUUGUUUUUUUUUUGAUGACCAAGUUAAGCCAGACAUCUUCUUCUUAACUGUUCAUGAUGCUGUGCUAUAUAUAGAGGACUUCAGGAAGCACAUGGAUGGACGUGAUCCAUUACUGGAGAAGAUUUCACUGAUGCAAGAGAGUAAAGAACCAUUGGAAUUCACUGAUGCCGAGCUAAUAAACCCAGAUCUGGAUGCCCAAGAAGCGGCUCUCAGAAGACUCGCAUCAUGAACAAAACUCCUGGAUCUUCUAUUUCUGGGGAGGAUUAUUUGCCAUCUUGCAUUUUCCUGAACUGGACACAAUUACCAUCAUGAUCUCAGUUUAACAGUUAAUUGCUGAUUUAAAUGUACAACCAUUUUACUGCUCCCCAUAGAUUGUAAUGUUGCGGGUGACAGGUGUGCCGUUAUAUAUAAUACUAUUAAUUCAACCAACACCCAAACAUUUAAAUAACAGACGAACCUGAUGUGGUGCAAUACCCAAUUCUUGCACAUUCCAAAGGUGCUUUAAUCAGGUACAUAGAACAUGAUGUGCAAUAUCCCACAUCUGGGAAGAAAUAUAUCAAUGACAAUCUAACGAAUGUAUAUUAUAUACAUAUGUAUUCUAGAUAUGUAUUUGAGGUUUAUUUCUAAAACCUAAAUAAUUGCCUAAGCAUAAAUAAACCUAAAAGCAAUUGCCUGAAUGAUAA